GGCCCGGAGGCGGGGCGGGCUCCGGGCGGCGCCUCCCGCGGCGGGGCCGGGGCUGGUCUUUCCGUCGGUGGCCGCCGCCGCAGCAUGAGCGGUCCGGGGCUGCUGGGGCCCGGGGGCGGCGCGGGGCUGCCGCCGCUGCCCAAGAGCCUGAGCGGGCUGCUCAACUCCUCGUCCUCGGGUGGCGGCGGCGGCCAGGGCGGGCGCUGGCGGGACCUGGAGCGGCUCUACGCGCAGAAGUCCCGCAUCCAGGACGAGCUGAGCGGCGGCGGCCGGGGCUCGCCGCGCCCGCCCAAGCCUCCCAACCUGGACGCGGCGCUGGCCCUGCUCCGCAAGGAGAUGGUUGGCCUUCGGCAGCUGGAUAUGUCACUGCUGUGUCAGCUGUACUCUCUGUAUGAAUCAAUUCAAGAAUACAAAGGUGCCUGCCAAGCUGACUCUAAUGCAGACUGCUCGUAUGCCCUGGAAAAUGGAUUUUUUGAUGAAGAGGAGGAAUACUUCUAGAAGCAGACAGAUUGACCUCCAGGCUGACUGAACUAAGGUUCUUUUGUCCUUCUUUCCCUGUAACACACCUCAGCAAGAACAACUGGAAUCUGGAUCCCUCUUCCCGAGGAGGAAUACCCAUCUACCCCAAGUUGUGUUAAAUUCACUUAUUUUAACAGGCUGUCAGUACAAGUUACUCAUGCAAAUACCACUUGAGGAAAGUGCUGUACUCUUAACUUUUGAAGAGUCCUCAGACAUGCUUGACAAGAGUUUUCAAUUUAAUUUGCAAGGUGGGUGUUUUCAACUUACAAACAUUGGUAGCUUAUAACUGGAAUUUUAGUUGUAGAAGACAACAGUGACUUCCCGAGUUGUAAUAACUUUGUAAGGGGGGAGGGAAGCCUCUGCUGUGGUGUAAAUAGCUAUAGGUGGUGUUUUUUGGGUGUUUUUUUUUGGGGGGGGGGUCAGUGAUAUUGAUAAAUGCAUUUUGAACAGGCAUCUGGAUGCACGCACAUCCUCAGCACUACUAAGCUAGUUCUGCUCUUACCGGCUGCAUCCAGUUUUGUACUGGGUGGAUUGUUUACACAGUUUAAAUUUUUUUUUCCUCCUUAGGCUAAUUUAUUCCUAGCUUACAAGCUGUACAUGUGAUAGUGAAUGUUAUCAGCAGGGUUUUUUUUUUCUGUUGAUCUAAUUCACUUUCUUGGUACUGCCACUUGGCGUUAACUUUUAUACUAUUCUCUGGAUAUCUUGCA